AUGUCAAAUUUAUCGAUACGUAAAAUUGAACAUUUGGUUGAGAAAUACAUCAUAGUCCAAUCUUCCAUAGAAGAUUUGUUGGACAACUGCGGAAUGCUCAUCCUUGAUCACAACAUCAAAAGGUUGCUCCCCUUAGUUGCUUAUAAUGAAUCUAACACAUUAAUCUAGGAAUUGAUGAAAUCCUUUUUUCGUAAAUUACCUCUGCAAGACGACAUCAGCGAAGAUCUGGAACCUGCAAAUACAAUCAAAGAUAACUUAUAAAGCGCUAUUAAAGUUGAAAUUCUUCCAGAACCAUAGUAAUAAUUUAUAACAUCUGUUACAAAAUUUAGAAAAGCAUCGCAAAAAUCCUCUAUGAAAUCCUCAGUAACCUCAUUUAGGAAAUCCUCAUUGAAUAAAUAAGAACGAUAACAAACCCAGUAAGGCUCAUUGCAUAUAACAUUUUCUCCAAUCCCGUUGUAGAUGGAUUAAGAAGAGGAUGAUGAGGAUAGAUUUUAUAGAGGUGUAUAUGAAAUGAAAAAAAAGUAGUAAGAACAAAUAAGAUACAAUAAACAUGUAUCAGAGUAACAGAAAGUGUAAAUUUAAUAAUAAUUGUUGGAUCUAAAAAGAAAAUGCAAAAAUGGAGUGUUUACAUUUGAUAAUGAUGGAUCUAUUAUAUUGACCAAACAAAAAGCAGCUAGCAAUGAACUUAAAGUUCAUCCAGAAACAAAGAUUCACGCUUUAAAUCUCAAAAAUUAAGGAUAAAAAUUGAAUCUCCAAACCCAAGUCACAAACAUUGUUAACUCCUCAAUCCAAAGGAAAUAAAGGUUAGCAAAAAUAAUCAAUAAUGUUAAAAGUGAUAUUCGCAUGGAAACAGAACCUGUUAGGGUGAGUACAUCUUUUAAAACUUUAAAUAAUUAAGAUUUGAAAUCAAAAUCUAUUUUAAAAUAAUUAUUAAAUGAUCAAAGUUUGAAGUUGACAAAAAAAGAGUUUUCUUAAUUAGUUGGUUUAGAAAGCAAUAUUGGGGAUGUCUUACAAUAAAAACUCUUAAGAAUGACUCAAAUACAAUUAUAGAGAGCAUAAUAUAUCUAAUAGUAGCAUUCGAGAAGUAUCACCCCGCUGAUUCAAGAAGAACAUAAAGAAAUUGACAAGCCAUUUAUUUAACAAAAUCCUCAUUAAGGAAAAAUUAAAUUGAAUGAUAUAAGACUUGCUGAUUCUAUGUCAAAUGACACUCCAGAAAUCUACUUUAGGAAUAUUUCUGAAAGUUAAGAGACAAAAAAAAAUCAAACUAUUAAAUUAUUAAAAUAAGAUCUUCCUUUUUUAUAAAUGAAUUACAAAUAAUCAAAAUAUGCAAUUCUAAAAGAAAAAAAACACUAAAAAAUAAACUAAAGCGUUAAACUACGAUCCUAUACAACUCACGAAUGA